GCGGUCACCUAAUUUAUUUCUAAUCACUCUGCAAACAACCUACUGUUUAGAGCGCGAUUACCAAAAUGUAUGGUGGUAGCCUAGUUUUGCAGCAUACAAGCAUCCAAUUUUUGUUUUGGUUCGCUCCUUUAAAUACUCACCGAAUGCGGCGAUGCAUUAGUUAGUCAGGCAGUUGACUUCGUGAAGCAAAAAUGAUUUCUAAUCAAGUCAAGUUCUCGGGACAUUUCUACAACCCACACGUGCCCAUAUUUGUGCCGAAAGAAAAUGGUCGCGUUUUCUACGAAGUUCCAGAGCGAUUCCUUUCCGAUCGAUACAGACCCCUCGGAUUGAACCUGAUGAACCGAUUUGGAGCCAAUGCAGGCGUUCGAGUCCCGGUUAUGGACAUUGAUCCACCUCCAAAUAUCGAUUUUGCGAAUGUGGUUCCUCGGCGAGGAGACUUUUCGCUCUUCAACAGGUCCCACCGCAAAGUGGCCAAUCAGUUGAUCCAGCUUUUCAUGCAACAACCGGAUGCGGACACACUCAGUGCGGUUAGUGCAUACGUACGCGAUCGUUUGAAUGCACCUCUGUUUCAGUACGCUUUAUCGGUCGCGUUGCAUCAUCGCACAGAUACUACGGAUGUUACAGUCCCGUCGAUUCUGCAUACGUUUCCGGAUCGAUUCAUAGAUCCGGCAACGUUUCCACGCAUGCGCGAGGAAGGUCGUAUUGUUGAUCAAGGAGAUCGGAUGGCAAUCGACAUUCCGAUGAACUUUACAGCACUUGAUCGAGAGCCAGAACAGCGUCUCGCUUAUUUCCGCGAAGAUAUUGGAGUGAAUCUGCACCAUUGGCAUUGGCACUUGGUAUACCCGGGAGUCGGUCCCCGGGAUAUUGUGAAUAAAGAUCGCCGAGGUGAGCUGUUCUACUAUUUCCAUGGGCAAAUGGUGGCUCGUUACCACGUGGAACGGUUUUGCAAUGGGUUGGGUCUACUGGAGCCGUAUAAUAAUCUGAGGGCACCGAUAAGGGAACCUUACUAUCCGAAAAUUUUGCGAAGUGCUAAUAACAGAACUCACCCGGCGAGAUAUCCGAUGAUGGUACUUAGCGACGUGAAUCGCACUGCCGAUCAAGUGAAUAUUACGAUCGCAGAUAUGGAGCUGCAGCUGAGUAGGAUCAUUCGAUCUAUUGAUGAUGGAUUUGUCAUGAGUUCAAACGGAGAGCGCAUUUCACUGGACAACCCCGGCGGUAUCGAUGUACUCGGUAACAUUCUGGAAAACUCAAUCCUAAGUCCAAACUCCGAUUUCUACGGAGACGUACACAACAAUGGCCACAUAAUGCUCUCGUACAUUCACGAUCCCGAUGGCACCUACUUGGAGAGCUUUGGUGUCAUGGGAGAUGUAACGACGGCCAUGCGGGAUCCCAUAUUCUAUCGUUGGCAUUUGUACAUGGAUCAAAUAUUCCGGCGCCACAAGAAUCGUUUCUCGUGCUACACGUAUCCGGAGUUGGCGUACCAAGGCAUCACGCUGCUCAAAUUUGAAACCAGACUGCAACGCAGAAACUCUCCCCCAAACGUGUGGCUAACGUUUUGGCAGCGGUCGCAAGUCGAUUUGGGCACUGGACUUGAUUUUGGACCCGAAGGCAAUCUGUUUGCAACGUUUACCCAUCUGCAGCAUGCACCGUUCCUGUAUCAAUUGCAAGUCAUCAACAGCGACAAUCGAAACCGUCGAGGCACAGUUCGAAUUUAUCUUGCUCCAAGGUUCAACGAGAAAGGUGGUCGUCUGACUUUCGAGGAACAACGUCUGCAUGCAAUUGAACUAGAUACAUUCAGAGUGAGACUCAACUCCGGUGUUAACAACAUCGUUCGCAGAUCUGAGCAAUCGAGCGUCACCAUACCGUACGAAAGAACCUUCCGCAACAUAUCGCAAUCCAACGAAGCCGGCAAUGAACAGUUCCGUUUCUGUAACUGCGGCUGGCCUUCGCAUAUGUUGAUUCCGAAGGGAAAUGUCGAAGGAGUUACGUACGAUCUGUUUGCGAUGGUUUCCAACUUUAGUGGCGAUGCGGUGGAUGUUGAUUUUGAUGAGAAUCAAAACUGUGACGAUUCGUAUUCGUUCUGUGGUCUGCGUAACCGCCUGUAUCCGGAUGCUCGUAACAUGGGAUAUCCUUUCGAUCGCCGUGUUCCUUCUGGUGUUAGAAACUUCGGUGAUUUUGUGGCACCGUAUCAGAACAUGACGGUGACAACCGUGAAUAUAAGAUUCACCAACACGAUUGUUGCUAGAACUUGAGCGAUGGUUUCGAAGGCUUUUGAAGGAAAUAUUUGAUUAGUUUGCAAAAUGAAGUAAGGUUGGAAUAAUUUGAUGUUGACAAUGCAUUAAAUGCAUCAAAUUUUGAACAGCAAAGAAUAAAACGGAUGAAGUACAUGGGCGAGUGAAGCUUGAAAUCCUAGUAUGAGUGUUAUCCGUUGACUU